CUGUCUAUCCCGCGCAGGCGCUGUGUGACCUAGUUCCAGGGGCGUGGCUUGGUAUGGAAAUCUUCUUCUAGCUGUUGUGGUAACCCUGGAGUCGGGUGAGCGGCGGUAACGGAUCCCUAAAGCCCAGAAAACCGGCACCAUGAGGGCUGUGCCCACCUGGGUGGAUAAGGUCCAUGACAGGGACAAGGUGGAGCAGUGCAUUUAUGACCUUGCUUUUAAACCCGAUGGAACUCAGCUUAUUGUGGCUGCAGGGAACAAAGUGCUGGUUUAUGACACAUCAGAUGGGACAUUGCUGCAGCCUUUGAAAGGACACAAGGACAUGGUCUACUGUGUGGCAUAUGCUAAAGAUGGAAAAAGAUUUGCCUCUGGAUCUGCUGAUAAAAGUGUCAUCAUAUGGACAUCCAAACUAGAAGGAAUUUUGAAGUAUACGCACAAUGAUUCCAUCCAGUGUGUAUCUUACAACCCAGUCACCCAUCAGCUGGCAUCCUGCUCCUCCAGUGAUUUUGGUCUUUGGUCUCCAGAGCAGAAGUCUGUUUCCAAACAUAAAGUGAGCAGUAAGAUUACCUGCUGCAGUUGGACAAAUGACGGACAGUAUCUUGCCCUUGGAAUGUUUAACGGAGUUGUAAGCAUUAGGAACAAGAAUGGUGAAGAAAAAGUGAAAAUUGAGCGACCUGGAGGAUCUCUGUCACCAAUCUGGUCUAUCUGCUGGAACCCUUCAAAGGACGAACACAAUGACAUCUUGGCCGUGGCAGAUUGGGGACAGAAGUUGUCCUUUUAUCAGCUAAGUGGCAAGCAGGUUGGGAAGGACAGAUCUCUGGGCUGUGAUCCCUGCUGUGUAAGCUACUUCUCUAAAGGUGAAUAUAUUGUCCUGAGCGGCUCAGACAGGCAGGUGUCCCUGUUCACAAAGGAUGGAGUGCGACUGGGCACAAUCGGGGAGCAGAACUCCUGGGUGUGGACAUGCAAAGUUAAACCUGAUUCAAACUAUGUGGUCAUUGGGUGUCAGGAUGGAACUCUCGCUUUUUACCAGCUUAUUUUCAGCACAGUUCAUGGACUCUACAAGGACAGAUAUGCCUUCAGGGACUGUAUGACUGAUGUUAUAGUCCAACAUCUUAUCACUGAGCAAAAAGUGAGGAUUAAGUGUCGUGAGCUGGUGAAGAAGAUUGCCAUCUAUAAGAACAGGCUGGCCAUUCAGAUGCCUGAGAAGAUUUUGAUCUACGAGCUGUAUUCUGAAGAUGCUGCUGACAUGCAUUACCGGGUUAAAGAAAAAAUUAUCAAGAAGUUUGAAUGUAAUCUGCUUGUGGUUUGUUCACAGCAUGUUAUCCUGUGCCAGGAGAAGAAAUUGCAGUGCUUGUCCUUUAAAGGUGUAAAGGAGCGAGAGUGGAUGAUGGAAUCUUUAAUCAGAUAUAUAAAGGUUAUUGGAGGCCCAUCAGGGAGAGAAGGCUUGUUAGUGGGACUGAAAAAUGGACAGAUCCUGAAGAUUUUUGUGGACAACCUCUUUGCCAUCACCUUACUGAAACAAUCAACGUCCGUCCGGUGUUUGGAUAUGAGCGCUAGCCGUAACAAGCUUGCUGUGGUGGAUGAGAACAACACAUGUCUAGUGUAUGAUAUCACAACCAAGGAGCUGCUCUUCCAGGAGCCCAAUGCUAACAGUGUAGCCUGGAACACCCAGUGUGAGGACAUGUUGUGUUUUUCGGGAGGAGGAUACCUAAACAUCAAAGCUAGUAACUUCCCUGUACACCAGCAGAAGCUUCAGGGGUUUGUGGUGGGGUAUAAUGGCUCCAAAAUCUUCUGCCUACAUGUCUACUCUAUGUCUUCUGUUGAUGUCCCACAGUCUACUCCAAUGUAUCAAUACUUGGAAAGGAAGAUGUUCCGUGAGGCUUAUCAGAUUGCCUGCCUGGGAGUCACCGAUCUAGACUGGAGGGAGUUGGCAAUUGAAGCUUUGGAAGGCCUGGAUUUUGAGACUGCUAAGAAGGCUUUUAUACGUAUAAGGGAUCUUCGGUACCUGGAGCUUAUCAACAAUAUUGAGGACCGUAAAAAGCGAGGCGAUUCGAAUGAUGACUUAUUUUUGGCAGAUGUGUAUGCCUACCAAGGCAAAUUCCAUGAGGCCGCCAAACUAUACAAGAAAGGUGGUCAGGACAGCCGAGCUCUCAAUAUGUACACGGACCUGCGCAUGUUUGACUACGCCAAGGAUUUCUUGGGAUCUGGAGACCCAAAAGAGACAAAAACUUUAAUUACAAAGCAGGCAGACUGGGCCCGGAAUAUCCGGGAACCAAAAGCAGCAGCAGAGAUGUAUCUGUCAGCUGGAGAGCACAUGAAAGCCAUAGAGCUGAGCGGGGACCAUGGCUGGAUUGAGUUGUUGAUUGAUAUAGCGAGGAAGCUGGACAAAGCUGAGAGGGAGCCGCUAUCGAGGUGUGCUUACUAUUUCAAAAAGCUGCAACAUCAUGGCUAUGCGGCUGAAACAUAUAUGAAGAUCGGGGAUCUGAAGGCAUUGGUCCAGUUGCAUGUGGAGACUCAACACUGGGAAGAGGCGUUUGCUUUAGUAGAAAAAUAUCCAGAAUAUAAAGAUGAGGUCUACGUUCCAUACGCACAAUGGCUGGCAGAAAAUGACCGGUUUGAGGAAGCCCAGAAGGCCUUCCACAAAGCUGGUCGCCAGGAUGAAGCUGUCCGGGUUCUGGAGCAGCUUACCCACAAUGCCGUAGUGGAAAGCAGAUUUAAUGAUGCUUCUUAUUAUUUCUGGAUGCUAUCUAUGCAAUGCCUGGAUAUAGCACAAGAUAAUGAGGAGAAGCAGGAUGCCAUGCUGCACAAGUUUCACCAUUUCCAGCAUCUGGCCGAACUUUACCAUGCCUACCACUCUAUUCAGAGAUACACAGAUGAACCAUUCAGUUCUCACUUACCAGAAACCUUGUUCAAUAUCUCCAGAUUCCUGCUGCACAGUCUGACCAAAGAAAGUACUCUAGGGAUAUCCAAAGUAAAUACUUUAUACACAUUGGCCAAACAGAGCAAUGCCCUGGGUGCUUAUAAACUUGCCCGGCACGUGUAUGAGAGACUCCAGGGUCUUCGAAUUCCCAGCAAGUUUCAGGAAUCCAUUGAGCUGGGAAUUCUCACUAUCCGCUCUAAGCCAUUCCAUGACAGUGAGGAGCUGGUCCCCAUGUGUUACAGAUGUUCAACCAAUAAUCCUUUUCUUAACAACCUGGGGAACGUGUGCAUCAACUGCCGACAACAAUUUGUCUUCUCUGCAUCCUCUUAUGAAGUGCUGCCUCUGGUGGAAUUUUACCUGGAAGAAGGGAUCUCUGACGAAGAGGCCACGUCCCUCAUUGACCUGGAAGCUCCAAGAAAUAAUGCCAAUAAAGACAGAUGGAAGGAGAUGUCUGUGGCUAACACACAGACCCUACAGCUGGAUGAGGAUGAAGUGAUCAUGGACGAUGACCCUUUCACAGCAAAGUUAAGCUUUGAGCAAGGUGGCUCUGAGUUUGUCCCUGUGAUCGUGAAUCGCUCAGUCCUGAGGUCUAUGACCCGGCGAGACGUCAUGGUAAAGCGUUGGCCGAAGCCCUUGAAGUGGCAGUAUUACCGCUCCCUGCUCCCCGAUGUCUCCAUCACCAUGUGUCAGUCCUGUUUCCAGAUGUUUCACGCAGAAGACUAUGAACUUCUUGUCCUACAGCACAACUGUUGCCCUUACUGCCGGAAACCCAUUGAGGAAGCCAACCUGUAAUGAGGCCAAGAUAGCCCCUCCCCCCUGUGUCCGCCAAUCACCAGCAUUGUCCAUUAAUAUUUUAUAUAAAUUAUUAAAUCCUUUCUACAAAUGUACCCGUCUUUUGUA